CCGCAAACAUCCUGUGGAAAGAAUGAUAACAUUGAACAUAGAGAGCAUGUUACUGAAAGAAGCACUCGAACCAGUCAUGAUAUAUCUGAGUUUAGUUAACCACAUGAGCAAUUUGCUGUAUUCUCUACAAGAUUCAAAAAGAAUUGAUCCUUUUCACAAGGUAAAGUGUUGGUCUUUGGUAAUCUUUGCUGGAAAAAUGGAUCAGUUGGAAGGUUUUUGGAACCUUGAAAAUGAACAGAGAAGAAAUAAGGAGAAACAAUGGAGCAAGAAUGGCUCCCGAUGUAUAUUUCCAGAUAUCGGAUUACAGAGAAACAGAGCAAUACAGAGAGCAAAGAAUAUAUUGAUUCAACAACACUCUCUCCCAAGUCAACUCACCCAAUACACAUACACGUUCCACCAUGCUGCCAAUUCUGGUACCUUCCCCUCUCACCACUGGACUCGUCACGAGCAAUAAAGCCAAACAACCGUCACUGACGCAAGAACUAAAAUUACUUACUAUAAUCAACAGCUGGUUUUGCUGAUGUGAUCCUAUCAUGCAUUAUGGCUUGUUUCUGGUCAUGAUCCUAGAAUAUCAGGU